UCUCUCCCUGAGAUGAACCGGGGCGGAGGAAAGGGUUGGGACAGGGAGGAAUAGCCGGAGGGAGGGAUGGCUGAAUAACGACAAGAGAAACACCCACUUCGGACCUAUCCGAAUAGUACCCGGAGAGACGGAGUGAGAGAAAAGAAAGUGUGAGAGAGAGAGAGAAAGAAGACAGAGGGGUCCAUUGAGAGGCAGUAGCAGAAGCAGUCUCUGAUAUUACGAGGAUUUUUUUUUUCCCUUGGGGGAUAAAAAAGGAAGCCUUGAAUUGAUGACUGGAGAGGUCUAGACUGUUGGUUGUGAGGAUGUUGGAUGUCAGUAUGUUGCAGAUAAGAUGGUGUUUGUGGGCUCCAUUGGUGUUACUGGCCUUAGUUUCCCAUUUCCCCAAUAGGGCACAGGGUCAAGUUCCAAUUCCGAGGAGACUGCGUUUCAAAGUGCUGAGCCCAAGCAAACUUCUUGUUUCAUGGAAAGAGCCCAAAGGAGACUUUGACAGCUAUUUAUUCCUCUACAACAGUAUACCAGGUGGUCAGCAGAGGGAAAUCAUAGUUUCUAAAUCUGAUACUAAGGUGGUGAUCAAAGACUACAACCCCUCUAAGGACUACACAGUCAGUGUCAUCUCUGUGAGUGGCAGUGAGCAGAGCAGGCCACUUCAGGGCAGGCAUAAAGCUGAAAGAGAUGAGAGUGACGGAGGAGACAAGACUGAGCCCCAGACGCUGACUGAUUCGAUUGCACCUCCUGAGGAUGCCAACGAAAUCUCUGGAGUCGACCAGUUUGUGUGUCACACCGAGGCCAUUGCAGACAUCGUUAUCCUGGUGGAUGGCUCCUGGAGUAUUGGUCGCCUUAACUUCCGCCUGGUCCGCAUGUUCUUGGAAAACCUGGUCAAUGCCUUUGAUGUUGGCAUAGAUAAGACGAGGAUAGGUUUGGCUCAGUACAGUGGGGAUCCCAGGAUAGAGUGGCAUCUAAAUGCUUUUUACACUAAAGACGCUGUUAUUGAUGCCGUCAAGAACCUGCCGUACAAGGGAGGAAAUACCCUCACAGGCCUUGCAUUGACUUAUAUUUUGGAGAACUGCUUCAAGCCUGAAUCUGGCUCACGGGUCGGGAUACCCAAGAUCGGGAUCCUCAUCACAGACGGGAAGUCCCAGGAUGACGUCAUUCCACCUGCAGAGAGCCUCAGAAAUGCUGGGGUUGAGCUGUUCGCUAUUGGUGUGAAGAAUGCAGAUGAGAAUGAGUUGCGCUCCAUCGCCUCAGAGCCCCACAACAGUCACGUCUACAAUGUGGCUGACUUCAACAUCAUGAGCUCCAUAGUGGAGGGACUGACCCAAACUGUGUGUGAACAAGUGGUGCAGCAAGACAAGGACAUAAAGCAGAAGAAAGUACCAGAGACAAUUGGGCCACCGCUUGACCUGGUGACAUCAGAGGUUGCGGAACGAAGCUUUCGGGUUUCAUGGAGCCACGCCCCCGGGAACGUCGAGAAAUACAGAGUGAUUUAUUACCCUUCUGCAGGAGGACAACCAGACGAGGAAGUGGUGGACGGCAGUGACACUUCAGUGCUGUUACAGCAUCUGAGCUCUCUCACUGAGUACCAGCUUGCUGUGUUUGCCGUGUACGCAAGCGAGGCGAGUGAAGCUCUGAGAGGAUCAGAAACAACCUUGGCCCUUCCCACAGUGACAGGUCUCCAGCUGUUUGAUGUGACUCACAGGACCAUGAAAGCAAGAUGGGACAGUGUGGACAGAGUCUCUGGCUACAUGCUGCUGUAUGCACCGCUUACAGUAGAUGGGGGAGAAGUGGACGAGAAGGAGGUUAAAGUAUCAGAUGCAGUGACAGAGCUGGAGCUGGAUGGGUUGAUCCCUCACACCGAAUACACCGUCACUGUCUAUGCAAUGUAUGGAGAGGAAGCUGGCGACCCUGUUACAAACCAGGAAACUACAUUGCCACUGAGCCCACCCAGAAACCUUCAACUCUCUGACAUCACUCACAACUCCGCCCACAUCAGCUGGGACCCAGUGCCCACAGAAGUUAAAGGUUACCGUGUUGUGUGGAUCAAGACAGACGGACUAGUUGAGAAGGAGGUGGAGGUGUCCUCUGGCAACACUUUUGACCUGAAUGGUUUAUCGUCAUUGACGGAGUACUCAGUUGCCGUAUUUGCCUUAUAUGAUGAGGGCCAGUCAGAGCCACUCACAGAUGGAUUCACAACCACUCCUGUUCCUGGUCCUUUGAACCUGCGCUCCAGUGAGGUCAGCACAGAAAGCUUCCAGGUCAGCUGGGAUCACUCAGCUAGUGACAUCGUCCUUUACAGACUCUCCUGGGCACCAAUCACAGGCAGUGACACAAAGGAGGUGAUCUUGAGUGGAAGUGAUAACAGAUACAUCCUGAGAGACCUGAGUCCCUUCACUGAGUAUGAAGUCAUGUUGACGGCCGUAUUCAACGAUGAAUCUGAGAGUGACACCGCCUCUGUAAUAGAGACCACAUUGGCCGAGACAACAACUAUUGCUACCACAACCACGGUGGCACGUCAUGCUGUGAGAAACCUUCGGCUGAGUGGUGAGACCACGCAGAGCUUGGAGGCAUCAUGGGAGCAUGAAGACCCCCAAGUGAGGAUAUACAGGGUGUCCUUUGUUGGCCUCAGCGGUGAUGAAAAAGAGACGUCUAUGAAUAUUCCUGGAGGUCAGAGGACAGCAUUGCUUCAGUCUUUACUUUCAGACACGCAGUACAAAGUCACGGUCACACCGAUGUAUUAUGACGGACAAGACGGCGUCAGUGUCUCUGCCCUGGGAUCCACAAUGCCCCUCCUGUCACCUGGAAACCUUCGUGUGUCAGAAGAAUGGUACAACCGCUUCAGAGUCACCUGGGAUCCAGCUCCGUCUCCUACAGCGGGUUACAGGAUUGUCUACCAGCCCGUCUAUGUGCCAGGACCAGUUCUGGAGACAACAGUAGCUGAGAAUGUGAACUCCAUUCAGCUCCCGAAUCUUCUGAGUGGGACGGAGUACAGUGUCCAAGUGACCGCUUCCUACCCCACGGGACAAAGCGAACCACUGCUAGUGAACGCCAAGACAUUGUUUCUUGGCAUCUCCGGCCUGUCAACCUACCAAAUACGCCCCGACAGCAUGUGUGCCCAAUGGCAGCCUCUUCUACAUGCCACAUCAUACAGAGUCUCCAUACAGUCUACACUCAAUGGUCAGAAGCAAGAGCUGAGGCUAGGAGGUGGUGCUUCCCGGCAGUGCUUCUUCGACCUCACGCCCAGCAGCCAAUACCAGAUCAGCGUUCACACCCAGCUACAGGAAAUGGAGGGACCUCCGGUGUCAGUCACAGACAUGACGUUGCCAGAGCCCACUCAAGCUCCGACUGAGCCCCCCACCACAGAGCCGCCUCCCACCCUCCCGCCCGCUAAAGAAGUUUGUAAGGAGGCCAAGGCUGACCUGGCGUUCCUGGUCGACGGCUCCUGGUCCAUCGGAGACGACAACUUCAUGAAGAUCACACGUUUCCUCUACAGCACCAUGGGAUCGCUGGAUCUGAUUGGACCAGAUGGCACCCAGGUAGCUAUUGCUCAGUUCAGUGACGAUGCUAGGACUGAGUUCCAGCUGAGUUCCCAUGGCAACAAGGAGGCGCUACUGGAAGCUAUACAGAGGAUCAGUUACAAAGGAGGAAACACCAAAACAGGUCGGGCCAUCAAACAUGUGAAGGAGACGAUUUUCACCCCAGAGGCCGGAGCUAGAAGGGGCGUCCCUAAAGUCCUGGUUGUUCUCACUGACGGACGCUCGCAGGACGAUGUCAACAAAGUGUCCAAGGAGAUGCAGAUGGAUGGCUAUAUUAUCUUUGCCAUUGGCUUUGCGGACGCCGACUACGGGGAGCUGGUGAAUAUCGCCAGUAAGCCGAGUGACAGACACGUCUUCUUUGUGGACGAUUUGGAUGCGGUGAAGAAAAUAGAAGAGCAGCUCAUUACUUUUGUCUGUGAGGCUGCGACUGCAACUUGUCCGUCUGUUUUGAUGAGUGGUAACACAAUGGCAGGUUUCCGUAUGAUGGAGAAGUUUGGACUCGUGGAGAAGGAGUACAGCACGAUACCUGGAGUGUCACUGGAGCCCGGCUCAUUUAACAGCUUCCCCUGUUACAGACUACACCGAGACGCUCUGGUGUCACAGCCGACGAAGUACCUCCACCCUGAAGGGUUACCCUCUGACUACACCAUUUCUAUGAUGCUCCGCUUACUCCCUGAGACGCCGCAGGAGCCCUUUGCAUUGUGGGAAAUUCUGGACAAGGACAAUGAGCCACUGGUGGGACUGAUCCUGGACAACUCUGGAAAGACCUUGACGUUCUUCAACAACGACUACAAAGGAGACUUCCAGACCGUUACGUUUGAUGGAACUGAAAUUAAAAAAGUCUUCCACGGCAGCUUCCACAAGCUCCAUGUGACCAUCAGCAAAACAUCCGUGAAAGUGGUGUUAGAUUGUUCUGUGGCUGGGGAGAAACCCAUCAACGCUGCUGGUAACAUCACCACCGACGGAGUGGAGAUACUGGGACGGAUGGUUCGAUCUCGAGGCAGUCAGGACAACUCUGCUCCGUUCCAGCUCCAGAUGUUUGACAUCAUCUGCAGUACCUCCUGGGCCAGCAGAGAUAAGUGCUGCGAGCUGCCAGCAUUGAGAGUGGAGGAGCAGUGUCCCGCCAUGCCUCAUGCCUGUACCUGCUCCCAGGACAGCAAAGGACCUCCAGGACCUUCUGGACCUCCUGGAGGUCCAGGCAUAAGAGGAGCCCGAGGAGACAGAGGAGAGCCAGGAGUGACGGGACCUCAGGGGCCGGUGGGAGAGAUUGGUCCUCCUGGACCUUCAGGACCACCAGGUCCUCAGGGACCAAAUGGUCUCUCUAUUCAGGGCCCUCCGGGAACUGCUGGAGAGAAGGGAGAGAGAGGAGAGAUCGGACCAGCCGGACCAAUGGGUGUUUCUGGAGGCCAGGGCUCCACUGGUAGAGACGGCCCACCAGGACCAAGGGGCCUGCCGGGUAAUACUGGACCACAGGGGCGACAAGGGCCAUCUGGACCCAUGGGAGCUCCAGGAGCACCAGGAUCGCCUGGACCUGGUGGCUCAGCAGGGUCCCAAGGAGAGCAAGGACUUCCUGGUCCUGCUGGUGUCAAAGGAGAUAAGGGAGAAAGAGGAGAUGUGCAGUCCCAAGCUGCUGUGCGUGCCAUCGCACGGCAAGUGUGUGAGCAGCUCAUCCAGAGUCACUUGUCUCGCUAUAACUCCAUACUGAACCAGAUACCCGCCCAGUCAUCAGUGUCAGUCCGAACAGUACCGGGUCCGCCCGGAGAGCCGGGAAGGAGAGGCCUCCCCGGACCCCAGGGAGAGCAAGGCCCAUCAGGCCGGCCGGGCUUCCCGGGUACCAGCGGCCAGAAUGGACGACCAGGAGAGAGAGGUCUGAUGGGAGAGAAGGGGGAGAAGGGGAGUCCAGGUGUUGGGAGUCAGGGACCUCGAGGACCGCCUGGACCUCCAGGCGUACCUGGUGAAGGACGGACAGGAAGUCAGGGUCCUGCUGGUCGGCCUGGUAACCCUGGAACACCCGGGCGGUCGGGUAAUCCAGGCAGCACAGGACCAGCUGGCCCCGCAGGAUACUGUGACCAGAACUCCUGUUUGGGGUACAACGUCGGAGUCCAACCCCUCCCUCACGGCGGCUACCAGUCCUACCCGCCUUACAACCAGCCAUACAACCAGCCGUACAACCCUGCUGCAGUGGCUUACAACAACGACCAGGGAGGUGAGGACGAGGAGGAGGAGGAGGAUGGAGAAGAGGAGCAAGACCCCUAUUACCGAGGCUACCCUCCUCGGAACUACCCCCAGCCACCCUCCCAACAGUCCCAUGGUUACCGCUCUAGCCCCACCCACUCUGAGGACACGGAGCUGAGGUCGCCAGGCGUCUCCAGGAGGUUUCCCCGUGACGUCAUCCUCAUGGAGGAGAAUGAAAAGUGAGGACUCUAGAGGAAGGAUGGACUCACCUAAAGUGCUUCAGCAUCACACGCUACAACACACACACACACACACACAAGCUGAUUAUGACACAUGGAAACAAAUCAGACGCUGACAUGCACAUACAUAUUGACCCCCCCCCCCCCCUUUCGCAUUCUGAAACUGUGGUGAGAUCCCCCCCCUCCCUAUGUAUUCAGUGGUUUCUUCCACCAGGUGCAUAGCUGUAAAUACUCUGUGGACUCUUGUACGAUAUCUCUGUCAAAGGGGGGUCUGAGAAGUGCCUGAUCUAUGUUAGCAUCGUCCGGUAAAGGUAAGAUCUGUGUCCGCCCGUCUCAAAGCUGAUUUUAGGACUGGAACUUUUUCUUUUUGUGAAGCUGCAUGUCUCCUUUGAGCCAACCAUCGAGUGUGUAACUGAACAUGUGAAUCUUGUUUCGGUUUUGUGUAACAUUCGACUCAAUUGUUUUUACAUACCAAAAUCACGGAUGAAGAGCUGUUAACAUUUGUACAGGCUGCUUUUUAUAAAGAUGAAUCCCCCGCUUCCACAAUGUUUUUAUUUCACUUAAUAAUAUUGAAUUGUUUUUUAAGUGAGUUUUUUCAUGUUACUGUGUUGAGUUUGCUUCCUUUGACCGACUUCUUUUAAAGUUAAGCCCCCUCAACUGACUGUUUAUUUUACCUCAACACUGGAACUCAAUAAAUAGUUUUUAGUCAAAUUUGAAUGUUUAUCCAAAGAAUCUGGCUGUCAUCAUAUUGUGUCCUUUAAUAUUUCAUUGUUUUAAAGACUGAACUGUUUGCUUACUCAGCCUUAAAAAAGGACAAAUCUGUGUUGUUCUUCUUGUUUGUUGUUCUUAUGUGAAGUGGGGCCAGCUAACUGUGGCAGCCGUUUGCUUACUGGUUGACCCCUGACCUCUGGCUGGAAUGAGUCCUGAACCCAAUUAUUAUUCAAAACAGUCAGUUGCCCUCCAGUGAAACCCAGUAAGGACUGAUCCACGAGUGUAAACUUGCUCCACUCCUGCGCUGCAGUCUGUAAAAACAAGCACCACAGGAAAGAACUGCAAGUGAAGAUGUGAGCUGGUCCUGGUUUAUUUGAAACUCAAACUGUUGAGCCUGAACACUUAACAAGAAAUGUGUGUCACCACUACGCCCCUUAGUACAAUAUGAACUUAUUUAUUUUACAUUUUCUUUGCUUUUUACAACCAAUAAAUCUGUAAUGAGACUAUAAA